AAUGUUUUCGAUGUGUGAGUUUACCUCGUCCCUUUCAAAAAACGACAGAUUUUUUUAUUGGUGAAUUUGGGUACGAAACCGGUCUAUUCUUUUUAAUGGUCUAAGGAGUAGCCUAUUGUUCGUACUCGACUAAAAUACUAAAGUAAUCUGCAAUAGAACUAGAACUAAAGCACUAGAACUAGUCGAAAAGCCAGUUAAAAAAACUGUAAUUCUAUUCUGUGCUGUGGACGUCGCUGUCAGUGUCAGUGUUUAAUUUUUGUUUUGAGUUUUGACCGCUAUUAAUUAAAUUCGAUUUCAUUCAUUGAUUGAUUUGAAUUUUGAAAGAGGCAGGAGUUCGGUACCUAAUCGAUGUUUGAAUAAUCGAAUAUUGAUAAAUAAUCGAAUGUGGAGCAACACUGCGAAGUGCGAAAUGCGAUUGCGAAUGAUAUUUUGAGAAAUGAGAAAUUGUCAAAAUUCAAAUGUCAUUACAUUAAUUCAAUUCAAAAUUCAAAUUGUGGGGUGGAAAAUUAAUAAAGAUAUUAGAUUAAUUAUAUUUUUAGCCACAUAUAUCCAUUGUAUAGCAAAGUGUGACUGCUAAAUUAGUUAUUGUUUAUUGCACCAAAAUGGAUGACUUAUUCAAAGAUUCAGUGCACUUAUCAAAAGGGAUAAAUUUGAAUGAACUGUAUAAUGGUCAAACAGAGUUCCAAGUAGACAUAGACUUCAAGAAGAAAUCCUCAGAUGCUAUGGUUGCUUGUGAUGUUAUGUUUUCUGAUGAUGAUGAUGACGAGAGUGACGACUCAGACGAUGCCUUCAAAGUCAUAGAGCAGGAGACGGAGAAGAUGAUGCUCUCGUGUCCCGAGUACCACUCGUACAGAGACCUCGCCACCAAGAUGGUGGACUGUCUGCCGUCCGGAGAUGUCAAGAUGUUGAUUAUAGAGGAAGGCGAUGGACCUCUGGUUCCGGUGGACGCGAUGGUGUCGCUCCACUAUGCUGCAUACUUCGAGAAGGAGAAAAUCCCUUUCGAUUCCACCCUCACCAUGAACAACCAAGCACCGGUGCGCAUGCAACUCGGUUCCGGCAGGUUCAUACCAGGUCUGGAGGUGGGUCUGACAGCAGUGAAGGGUCCCGGGGCGCGGCUGUUGCUGCUCAUCGCGCCGGCCAUGGCGUGGGGCCGCCUGGGCGCUCCGCCCCGGAUCAGACCGGAGCCCGCGUUGUUUGUCAUAGUGCUGUACCAAGUGUACGACACGCAGGCGGCUGCCAGAUUCAACGAUCUACCCUCGGAGGAACAAAAGAAGUUCGAGGUGACCAUGAAAACGGUGACGUCACUGCACUCACACGCCAAAUACCUGUUUUCAAAACAAAAAUACGCUCCAGCCGUCAAAGACUAUCAACAAUCCAUCUCCAUACUCAAGAUAUCACAGACAAAUGACGAAAAUGAAGAAAAAGAAUUGAAGAAACUCAAAAUCAAUUCGUAUCUCAAUCUAAUUGUUUGUUAUUAUAAAUUAAAUAAACCUAAAUAUAUCAUAAACAUGUUGCAAAGUCUAGAUUAUAUUACAGAUGUGGAAAAACAUUGUAAGGCGUUAUUCUACUACGGCAGAGCGUAUGAAAUGUUAGGUAAAUACGAAGAAGCCAUCAAAUAUUAUAAAAAAGCGUUAAAAAUGGAGCCGAAAAACGCAGAAAUUGGCAUUGCGUUAGCCAACUUAGAUAAAUAUAAUAUAAAAUCUGCGGAACAUGAAAAAAAAUUGUGGCAGAAAGCCUUCCAGUCGGCGCCUGAAAAAAAAAAUAUAGUCUAUGCCGUAGAUGAGGACUUCCGGAAUUCUGUUCAGGAGAUGUGCCAAACUUUGGCGGAUAGGGACGAGUAUUCGAAAUUCGAUUUGCCGAGCGGUUUGACGAAACACGAGGUCGAGUUGACGAAGGAUUUGUGUUCGAAUUUCAAAUGUUUGACCAUUGUAGAAAACGGUGAGGGUAGUAAGAAAAAGAUUUCUAUUGUGAGAACUGUGUUAGGUUAAAUUAUUGAAAGGGGAAUGGCUAUCUCCGGCCCAGACCUACCCUAAACUAUUAAUUUAUAUCUAAAAAAAUGAUAUUUCUACUUUAAUAAUGAAAUUAUUAAUAUAAAAAAAGUUUGCUACAACGUUUUACGACAUUUUCAAUUUAUCUUUAACUUGAGUUUUACGAUAUUUUUUGAAGACUUUGAUUGAUUUGUUUGUUCGUUUUCUUUAAAAAAAUACAGCUUCAAAUAUUACUUCGCUACUUUGGUACACCACCGAUCAAUUUGCCCUUGAAGAGUGAUAAAAAAUGUUAUUUUUCAUUAAAAACAUACUUUUACCAAGCUAAUUAUUUAACUAGAUACUUAUUUAUACAUCAUAUUAUCAUCUUCAUAUACUUUUAUACGGGGUUAUACCUGGGUUCCCGCAGCCGACAUUGUAUGGGCGGUGGGCAUUCUCCUUUAUUUCAGAGAUAAAGAAGUUUUACUUCAGUCAUGUGUUUUAAGCAUAGAUUUUUUCUUUUAAGUAUUUUUUUUUUAAUUUUAUAAAUGUUAUUUUAGUAUUUAUUUUUUUGUUAUGUAACAUCUUUCAUUUCGCUAUCUUGCAAGAGGAAGUGAAAAGAAGGGAGAGAAGCAUUUUUUUUUAUUUUAUAUUUAGAGUAACUUUUGAUCGGAUGAUUGAAAAUUCGAAUUUCUUUUCAUUCAUUCAUUUCAUUCAUUCUUCCCUCAUCGUCUACAAUGUAGGCAGGUUCUGGAGAGUAGUGCCAUCCCGGUCUGAAUCCCGGCCUUAUAUGUUGAAAGUAGGCGCAGGUUCUGCAGGUUAUGUAACUUGGUGUACCAUUCAAGUAAUCAGUCACUUCAUCGUUUUUCAUAGUAUUUUCGUUUUUGCAAUCAUCUAACAUUGUGUUUUCACCGAAAUGACACAAAAAUCGUCAUUUUACGUAAAGUAACAUUAGUCUAACGUUAUUUGAACAAAAAACUAAUAUUUACGUAUUCUUGUUGAAAUAAUCAUGUUAAACGAUUGUCAAAACAAAACAUCACUGCCACUUGAUGUAAAAUGGCUUAGUCAAGGUAAUUUCGUAGAAAUAAUUUUAUUAGAUGAUCACAAAAACGAAAAUACGACGAAAAUCGAUGUAGUGAAUGAUUGUUUGAAUGGUACACUGAGAUACAUAAUAAGGCCGCUGGACCAACCCUGUCUAUGAGACCGUGGUCACCGUGUACUUGAGUAAAAUUGUCAAGUACCUAUUGAAUAUUCAUAUAUGUUUUUUUUAGGCUAACAUUUUUUGUUUAUUUUAUGUAAGUACUUGUUACCUUAACUUGUAACGAAAAGUUUCUAGAGAUUCUGUGGUUUAGAUCUUUUUACAUGUUGUGUGUAAAAUUUUAGUAAUUUUUUUAUGUUAUAAGCUAAGUUAUUUAAUGAUAAGUAAAGUUGUUUGAUAGUCAAAAAACAAAAAAAAAAUGGUCAAUAUAUAAAACAUUCUGAAAAAUAUUCCAUUGGAAAAACCCGGUCCGUGAGACCGGCGUCACCGGUGGGGUAAGUCAAAUUGAUGUCGCCAUUGGCGGGUUAAGUUUUGAGUAUGUGUUAGGUGUUAUGUGAUAUUGUAAUUAUAAAACAGGUCUAAGAAAGUAUACAAUCAGUAUUAAAUACCUGAUUUUGGGUAUUUGAAUUAUUUUUAAUUGUAAAAGUACUCUUUUAUUAAAGGUAUGCCAUGGUAAUUUUGUAGAAGCAAUUAUGUAUGAUUCACAAGCGGUGAAAACCCAUAUUUUUUUUACGCUUAAACAAACUGUUUUCAUAAUUUGUAUUUCAAAAUUUAACACUAACAACAAUUACGUAAAUGAUUAGUAUAAUAAUCAAUAAUUACCCAUGAAAAAAUACUCGCAUCUUAUUUUUUUAGUUUUUGUGAACAGUUUUUAAAAUAUUUUUCUUGAAUGAUAUUGAAAGUUACUGAAGCGACGCUUCGUGUCGUACUGACCCGAGAAUGUAUUCGUUUUUGAAUUUUGUAUUUGGAGCGGCUACGACACCGUCGAGUUCCGUACGCUCUAUCUGCCUAUUAUUCUUAAUCUGUGACUGGAUCCUAAAGUAUAAUAUAAUUUACAAGGCUUUUGUUUAGAAUUUAAGAACAAAAUCGUUAAAAACGGUUGGAAAUUAUAAUUUCCAUAAGUUUUAAGUUUAAAACUCAGUAUAUUUUUGAAAUAGUCUAUGUUAUGUUUAAUUUUUGAUACCAAACUAUUGCAGAUUAUAUUAAAUUCUAAGAAUUUA